AUGCUUUCACGAUCGGGCUUCACCAUCCGCAAGCUUGUCCGCCAGGCACCUCGGACUAGCCUGGACUCGGAUGAUUCUGGUACAAUCAACGAAGCAAUGUCCCGCCCUGCGUCCCAGGACGAACAGAGUGAAAAGCUCAAGAACAGGACGUGGAGGAGGACAAAGAGGCCACCACCGCCGAUUCUGGUCAUUCACCGUUCCGAAAACAUCCAUCUGAUAUCAAACCCUUUGCCUCCUCUCCCUGAUACCCCACAUUCCACCUCGAGUUCUUUGCAAAGCUGCGAUUAUCGGUCGUCCCCCAAGACACCAGCAAGCAAAGGCAGUCCGCAUCUUUGUGCCAUAGUCCCCAAUGGAUCACCUUCGCUAUCUCCGCAUCUAUCCCACAGUGGCGGGAAACACCCGCACAUAUUGUCCGCUGCUACAGACGAUGCCCGGAAAUUCCAACCCUCUCUACCAACCAUCAUCACCAUGCCGGACAACAUCGAAAAGUCGAUUAGAGAAACCAACAAGGCUCUCGACGAGGCGAGCAUGGCCGUACAGUCACCCGGGAUUCCAGCGCUGCCCCGAGGCUCAAUGGUGGAUAGCCCCGUUCUUUCGCCGCCUGGAUUGUCGCCCUCGCGGCCAUCCCCCAAGAUGACCAAGUACUCGUCGUCCCAGAAUUUACCCAUACGGAGGGCUUCCGUCACUAAAGCAAAUCGGAAGCCAGCCAAAAUCGGACGGCAGAAGUCGGUCCAGUCACGACAAAAGCAACAGCGCCAGCCCAAGAAAACAUCCAAGGUCGCCGCGAAAUGGACGCUAGGCGAGAAUGUAGGGCGUCUGUUCCAUCGCAUCGAAGUGGACGAGAUGGUCACUUCGGAGCAGGUGAAGGAGUGGCGGCAAAAGAACCCGCGAGUUGAGGAUGAUCAACCAGCGGAUGAUGCAGUUUCGGUUGACUCUCUCCGAAUCUUCGACUUGGAUCUCUGCGAGACCCCUGUCGAGCCUUUCCACCUUGAUGAUCUCCCCACGAGGAUCGGCGCGGCUGGGGUACGAACCUGGAUGCCUCCAUCCCUAAACGCACAUGACAGCUUCGACGUUGGCCUCGAUGUCAUCCACGAGGAUUUCCUCCUGGCCAAUGGUCCACAGCGCCCACAGACACAACCUCCACGGCCCAAGCCGUUGCCGUCUGCCGUGGUGGAGGAGAAUGAGAUGACCUUCCAGGAUGUCUCGUUUCCGACCCCUCCACCGAAGACCCCCCGUCGGGCAAGCAGCCCCCGUCGCCAACUGCCUCCUCUCCCUACCAUACCAGAAUCUGCGACUGUCAGCCCGGUCGAUGUGCAACCCAAGCCUUUCAAUUUCAAGCAGAUGCGCAAGCGAUCCGUGCGCCGGGGCCCCGAGAUGAAGCAGACCAAGGUCGCCGACGAGUAUAUUUACUUACCUGCCACGCCGUUCACCGCCACAAUGCCCACAUACCUUCAUGGCCCCAUCCGCCUGUCGAAGGCCGAUGUACGCCUGCGGAGUCCCAUGCAGCCUUUUGUUGAUGAGACGCUAGAUUGGACCGCUUUCCAGAUGGCUAUCCUCGGAGCCCCUGGCGACUUCAUGGGCGAUAGUGACGACGGCGAAGAUGAGAAACAGGCAAACGACCUGGUGAAUUGGUAUGAGGAUUUCAACCUUGGACAUGGCGGCAAGAUGCUUGUGUCGAAAGAGGAGGAGGAUGAGUACAUGGUCCGCGCCGAGGUCAAGCCAGUGGCGAAGAAAUCUCGCACCUCUAGAGCUGCCCGCCAUGCUCCUUCCCUCGUCCUGCCGCAACAAGUGGAUAUUGCCCUUACCGUUCCGCUUCCUCCCAGCCCAACAACGGCAAAUGACGUCCCUCCUGCAUCAGCCCUCGGAAGCCCACAGGCGACGGUCCAGCCAGAGAUGAUUCAGAUCAGACGUGUCCCAAUCCCAUUGAUCGUGGAGCGACCCUCGGGCGGUGGGUGGAAUGCACGAUUUGAGUUCGGUCUCGGACGUUGGGUGUCGGACGAAGCCAAGGAGGAAUGCGAGCAGCAAGAAGAGCCACUGCAAGGCGAAAUCAAGGAACGUAUUCCAAGCCUCAGCAGCAGUGUUGGCAGCAUGCCGCAGAGCCCGAUGCUGGACCUUGUGGUCAGCCGGGCUGUCACUGGCGAAGACUACGUUGUGCCGAUGGGAUACAACCUAGGACACGAUCUCGGGGACUUCCUGAAAUGGGAGGCCGAGAACGUCUCGCUGGCUGCCUCGCGCGCCUAA